CCCUCCGCCCCCUGACCCCGAGCCGCGACGCCGGGCCUGCCGUGUUGAUGUGCCGCUAUUGGAGUGGAAGCUGUGGUUGUUCGUCCUCGGCUUCGGUCCCAGUCGCGGGGUCGAGGCUGCCUCCCCGGCAAUAUGUUUUCGGCUCUGAAGAAGCUGGUGGGCACGGAGCAGGUCCCGGGCAAGGACCGGGCCAUCCCGGUCGGGCUCCAGAGCAUGAACCAAAGUCUGCAGCGGAGAUUUGCCAAGGGAGUGCAGUACAACAUGAAGAUACUAAUACGAGGUGAUAGGAAUACAGGAAAGACCACACUAUGGCACAGACUGCAAGGCAAGAAGUUUGUGGAACAGUACAUCCCAACUCAGGAGAUCCAAGUCACCAGCAUUCACUGGAGUUACAAGACAACUGACGAUAUCGUGAAGGUGGAAGUUUGGGACAUUGUGGAUAAAGGUGGUGCAGUUCCCUCCACUGGUACAUUGGGUAAAAGCCGAAGAAAAGGAGAUGGCUUGAAACUGGAGAAUGAUCCACAAGAGACUGAUGCAGAGAUGGCCCUGGAUGCAGAAUUCCUCGAUGUCUACAAAAACUGUAAUGGUGUUAUAAUGAUGUUUGACAUCACCAAGCAAUGGACCUUCAGUUAUAUCAUGAAAGAACUUCCAAAAGUGCCUGACCAUAUUCCAGUCUGUGUCCUUGGGAACCACCGUGACAUGGGAGAGCACCGGGUCAUCCUUCCUGAUGACGUCAAGGAGUUCAUUUACGGUAUCAACAGGUUACCCAGGUCAUCGUAUAUUCGAUAUGCAGAAUCUUCAAUGAAGAAUGGUUUUGGGUUGAAGUACUUGCACAAGUUUUUCAAUAUUCCAUUUCUUCAACUGCAGAGAGAGACGUUGCUAAGGCAGUUGGAGACUAAUCAGCUGGAUAUUGAUGCAACAUUGGAAGAACUCUCUGUACAGCAUGAAACCGAGGACCAAAACUAUGAGCUAUUUCUUGAGCUGAUGGAUAACAAGAAUCGGAACUUCCAUUCUCCUGUCGCAGCCAAUGAGCAAAGCCCAUCAUCGGGGUCCCAGUCACCCGUGGUACCGCCGAGCUCGGCUUCCACAACCAACUCCAGCCCAGGGACUCCUCAGCCUCCAAUCCAAGCACCACCCACUCCAUCACUGUCCCCUCCCCCUCCUUCAGUGUCCCCCAGUGCUGAGCAACGCACCGAAAUGCCAUCUGUGCCCGUCAGCACCCCUUCUCCCUCCCCUCCCCCCAGCGCCCUGGCUGCGCCCAUGGCUCAGAAACGCAGCUUCAUCUCCAGACUCUUUGGAUCCUCCUUCACACCUGAGGCUCCGGCCAUUAAGCCUGAUGCAGUAGUCCCGGUAUCCCCUGAAGAAGAAGUGAAGACGCACAGUGUUGAUGACUUUGUCCCUGAUGAGGGAUUGGACAAGAGCUUCUUGGAUGACCUGGCUCUUCAAAAGGAAAAGAGCAGUGAAGCCUGGCAAGAGAGUGACAGUGAUGGAGAGAGGCAGGGCAAUCCCAUGGUUGCCGGUUUUGAGGACGAUUUAGAUCUCGAUGACCAGAUGCUGCAGAAGCCUGCCGUGAAGUCGCAGGUUCCCAGUAAGGAUAUAACGCUGUCCAGUGACGAAGAUGACAACACAAAAGUCACCAGGAGUCUGGAUCCACUGAAGAGGCCUUCCAAAAAUGUGUUAAAAUCCCAAGAUGGAUUCCCACCUAAAGCCAUUGAACACCAUCCCGCUGACAGCUCUCCUGCUCCCAUUCGACCAGAGCAACUAGGCAACAAACACACGACCUUUGGCCUGCCAACUAGCACCCUCUUGACCCCCAUGCCUUCUCUGACAACUCCACUAGUCCCAGUGGCAGCUCCUCUCCAAAAGACUGAAGGAAAAGACCAGAGCAAAGCAAAACCACAAGAAUGCAAAGAAUCGUCUGAGAGUGACACUGAGGGUCCCAUUGCCAAGCAGCUGCUGUCCUUUGUGUUGGACGACCCGGACUUUGAGAGUGACGAUUCCAACAAAAGACCAAUACUUGAGGAAUUCCCUGUCCGAGAGGACAGCUCCGAGAUCUCUGACGACGACCUCAACCUCGACUCAGCGAAGCUCACCGUGCAGGCGAAAGCCCCGCUGCGGGUGGUGAAGGCAGCCAAUGACCUGGACAUCUUUGGCCUGGGCAUCAACAACAAAAGCCCCGCAGCCCCGGAGAGCACCGAUGAAGAAAAAACGAGCAAGGCUUCCUCAAAAGACAAGAAGAAAAAGAAGAAAAAAGUGAGAGAGGAUGAUGAGAAAAUGGAAAAGAAGAGGCAGAAACCGAAGAAAAGUAGAGAAGGAACAGAGGAGAAGCAGAAAAAGGAAAAAGAAGUAACAGCCGAAGGAGAGAAGGAGAAGAAAAAGAAGAAGAAGAAGGCUAAGAACAAAUCUGAAGUGGAUACGGACGAUUUGGAGAAGUUUCUGAUUGGCAGUGGCGAUAAUCAUGCAAGGAGCAGGGGAGCAGGAGACUACGAGGAGCUAUAGACUGGUCAUCAGUACUGGUGUUUGUCUUGGUAUUACAACCCUGUCCAUUCCACACUUUCAGUCUCUCUCUAACACUGGUGCAAAGCAUGUACCCUGGCUUUGUGGCAGAAGCUGUUUGUCCUAAAUACUCCUUGUUUCACUCAACCUCCAUCACGAGUUUCUAAGUAUUCACCAGUGCUGGAAAGGAUGUGUCGAACUGUGUAUCGAUGCAGGUGAGUCAGGGUCUGAAUUGGAAGCUUCAGCCAGGCUGCCUUCAAGCUUAAUCAGGCCCCUACGGCAGCUUAACAUUAUUCACAUUUCUCAAGAAAUGGGUGGACUUCUUGAAGUUGAAACUGGUGGAUUUAGUCUUUAGUAAAUUUCACCUUCAUCAGAAUUUGUUGCAUUUCUACCAUCUGGAUUUGGAAUUUCGCCCUGACUGCGGACAACCCAUCACUCGCGCUCUGAUCGCUUUCAGGCUUGUACCCAGGUAAGAAUGGCUCAGCGCCCUACCCCUCCCAUGCAGAUUGGAAACUCAACAGAUCUACAGCACUGAACCAAUGCUCCAACUCAUACUUGGCCCUGUGCCUUUAAAACUGGCAGUAAACUCAGGCAGUUUGGAAGUCUUGUAACUAAAGACUCUUCUUAAAAACAAAGUGAUGCCUUCCCUUGCCCUACUUUUCAGUUUUUCUUUUCUGUUGUACUGACUGGAUCCUUGAACCCUGAACCGCUAAGAGUUUGGAUAUGCUAACCUGCCCUUGACUCUUUCUUGCCCAUUCACUCACAGUGGGUAUGUUGGGGUUGGUUAAUGAGUGUAGUACCAUGGGGUAAUUAAAACCUGCUUCACCAGGUUCUCAGUGUGUGGUUCUGACCUCCAUUACCACAGAAUUGAUUAAAAUCAGUGUAAUUCAGGCAGCUUCAAAUAAGAAUGGAAUGAUUAGUAUCUAAUUGUUGAGUGUAGAGUUUUUAUAGCCAUCAAGAUAACUACCAGAAUGUAAAGCCAGUUAUUUCCCUGAUCUAACGUGGUUCCUGUGUAUGCUCCUGUCCCUGGCUACGAGCAGUAUAGGGUAAGCCCAUGUGAAUGGGACAUCAGUAACCCAGCAGAGGUCAGAGUUCAUGGCCCCAGGGUGAAACCAGCGAUGAGUUUCUCGCAGCUGGGAGGGAGUUAAUGUGAGGCGUGCCGAGUGUACAGAAGAACAGUGCCUGCUCCACUCCACCCUGUUGGUCAGCUCCAAGUAGAAUUUGUAUCCAGAGUUUCCCUCUAGGAUAAACGGUUGGAGAAAUUGCCAGCUCUCAAGUUAUUGCACUGGCUUGCUCAGAUUUUAGUUUGUUUUCCUAAAUUUUCCAGUGAUUCACUACAGUCUUAUGUUGGAGAAGUCUUUUGUUACAUGUACUGCUUGUGAAAUAUUUUGCCAGUCUCACUCUCAUUGGAGGUGUGGGGUCAUAAACUCACCAGCAGAGUAUUUGGCCCACUGCAUCUGCUUCGACCUCCAGGCACACAUAUACUCCAAUCCCAAUAUCCCCUUGUAUUCCCCCCCCCACCAAAACCAUUAACCUGUUCUAUUCCUCAGCUACACACUGGGGACAAUUUAGAGCAGACAGUUAACCUACCAACCACACGUGUUUGAGACAUGGGAGGAAACUGAAGAACCAAGGGGACACCACGUGGUCACAGGAAGAACAUGCUAGUGCCCGAGGUCAUGCUCAAACCAGGGUGACUGGAGCAGUGAAGCAGUGGUGUCAACAAUUAAAGACUGGGUUCAUCCGUCGCCAGUCUGCCCUCACUGCCCCCUUGCCCAUUUCUGUUCACUCCCCCUGCCCAUGGCCAGGCAGUGGGGAGCAUGUGACACAUCAGCAAAGCACUGUCUCGAGCUGUUCCGUCGUCACGUCCACCCGUUUUGUGUAGGCGGGGGCCCUUUCUGCUGUGGUGUGGUAUCCAUAUUUAGCUUCUGUGGCCCGUUAUGCCAUUGGGGUUGUGGAAAGGCAACAGAAGAGCUGCAGCUCAGUGAGGUUUGCUGAAGGGAGGGAACGCUCACUCAUGGAAUUGCCUUGACCAAGCUGCAGGAGGGAUGGCGAGUCCAGGGGAGCAGCACUUCCAGUCAGUCCACAGCACAACCAGACUGUGAAUGGGCAGAGAGCAGACACCAGAUCAUACUCCUAGCCUGUGAAAUUUGGCUGACCCUGUCCAAUUCCCCUACACCAUGGGCUCCCACACUGUACAAAGUGUUCCAGAGAGUCACAGUUUACUUCAGUAAAUGUUCUCACCUUGCCUUCAGCUGCUCCUACAAUGAUCUUAAGUUAAUGAACUCUGACUUGUGUCCUUCCCACUAACUGAAAGCUGGUAUUUACUGUAAGAACACCACUCACUGUUGAUACAGGUAAGCUGUUUCCUCCAGUUCCUUCAUGUCCCUCGGGGAAGGAAAUCGCCAGCCUCACCAGGUUUUCAGGGCAGUCACAGCUGGCUUCGUUCAGUGGGCAGUGCCAGUCCGGUCAGUGAAACCUACCAACUGCAAAUCAGUUUUAAAACAUGAAAAUAUUUUUUUUAAACUGUAGAUGCUGGAAAUCUGAAACAAAACCAGAAAUUGCUGGAAGCACUCAGCAGAUCUAGCAAAAUAUGUGGGGGGGGGGGAAGUAUAGUUAAAGUUUCAGGUCCAAGUGAUUCCUCAAAGCCAGUAGGCUCAUCAAUUUGAAAUGUUAACUCUCUUUCCCUCACUACAGAUGUUGUGUGACCUGCUUAGUGUUACCAGCAUCUUCUGUCUUUGUUUAAAGAAAAAUGAUGUAGGGAAUUCCCUAACAUGGCAGGGCAGGCUGGAGUGCUCUAAUGUUGCUGACUUUGCUGCCUUCAUUGUUGGAGGACCAGAUGUUUGUUUUCCAAUAUGGCUGGUGGGUGGUGGUGCUAAUUAAUGGGCAGUAAUUCUGUGGAAAGCAAGUGGAGCAUUCAGCAACGCAGAGAAUUACAUCAUCAAAGCCCUCCACCACUGGCUUCUGCCUUGGAGUAUGUGACCUGUCAAAGGAGGGCUGAGAGAGUUUGGAGCCUUCCUCUGCACCAUGUAAACAUUUUCAAUUAUAUUUCUGCAUUAAAGACAAAAAAACGUAUUUUCUUG